CUCACUCGCUCAGUCGCACUCGAACCGCGCAUCGGUGAGGGUGCUGUGUCGCCCUCUGUCGGUAGUUUCUCUUUUCGAUGUAUGCGUGUGUGCGUACUUACGGGAACAGUUGCCACGCGAGUCGUACCACGUUGUCCUUUUUUAUAUUUUUCUUUCGUUCCAAUUUACGCUCGACUGGGAGCGUAUUUAAUCGCGAAGAAUUCCGAAUAACUGAACUUUAACGAAAUAAUACGGAAUUAUUCGAGUCGUACCUUACAUCUUUACGUUUUUUGUGCUUCUUGUUUAUCUACUUAUAACGGUCGGUAAAGGAGUAAAGUAAAUGCGCGACAAAAGAUCAUUCGAAUUUCGUAUAUUGGUAUCCCUGUUUUACGUCAUUAGUGUCAGUUUGAAAUUUUCACGUGAAUAUUCGCGAAUUUUGAUAAUGUUAUAUUGAUAUUAUAUUCUCUGGUUUUACGCGUAAUAAGGUUUUAAAUGGUAAUUCGACGUGUGAAAUUCGGUGAAAAUAGAUCGUGUGUGAUUACGUAUCGAGGUAUCAACAACGUUAAAGGUAAAAAACUGUCAACACUCACCGUACGUUCCAUUUUGAAAGCGAGACAGGUUCGACCAGGCUAUUAUUCCAACUCGUAAUUGCGUGAUACGUAGUAGUUCAGUUUUCUUCAUCCUUUCAAGUUUAACGGUCACUUAAAAGAAUAUUGGACGCCAUUGAACAUUCCGUUUUGUUCCCAGUCGAUGCGAGGACACAGUGAAUAGUCGGUGCGCGCGUGUUUGUCGUCGACGUGCAGUUCGAAAUCACGAGAAUAUGGGGAGUGUGGGAGAUAGAUCGUCUUCGGCGUAAUCUGGCGUUGACGUGACCUAGCCUAACGUAACUUUUGUUUGGGACAUCGGUCGCCUGCGCCUCCAUUCUAUCACCCAUCCCACGGUUCCAUUCGUUCGGUGCUCUCGUGUGUGUGCUCACUUUUCUGGAGUGUGUGCGACUGCCUCGAACAGCAACGAACGACUUCGCCCGUUUCCUCGGUUAUCGGCGAGAACACUCACCACCUUUCGGCCAUCACGAUGCCAGGAACGUGCUCGAUGACCGAUGCGGUCAGGAUCGUCGACAGUUAGUGAUGAGGAGGAGCAGGUUGUCGGCUCGCCGAUGGCUCAGGUCACCACCAAUAUGCCGCUUCUCCGACCCGGACAGGAUCCUUUGCGACCCCUUCUCAUCGCCGUUUUCGUUUUUCUCUGCUCCCUGCCGCUCUGCCGCUCCUUCGACUUGGGACAAUGUACCGCGGCACUGGGCAUGGAGAAUGGCGAAAUCCCCGAUGAAGAUAUAUCGGCCAGUUCUAUGUACGAUCCCAGUCUUGGCCCGAAACAUGCCAGGCUGAGACAAGACAAGGGCGGCGGUGCCUGGUGCCCGAAAAAUAUGGUCACGAAGGAAGGAAAGGAGUACCUCGAGGUGAAUUUGCACAGCCCGCGUAUACUGACGUCGACCAGGACCCAGGGCAGGUUCGGGAACGGGCACGGGGUCGAGUACACCGAAGAGUACUUCGUCGAAUAUUGGCGGCCGGGGUUCAACAAGUGGGUGCGAUGGAGAAAUCGACGUGGCAUGGAGCUUCUGGCAGGCAACAAUAAUCCAUAUUCGGAGAAGGAGCAGCUGUUCGACCCGGCGAUCGUCGCAACCAAGGUCCGUUUCAUCCCCUACACCUCCCACAUGCGUAUGGUGUGCAUACGAGUCGAGCUUUACGGUUGUCCAUGGACCGGAUACGAAUGGGUCGGUUGGAGAAACGACACGCCAAGCAUGCUCGGUCGCCCCGUUGAAAUUACCUUCGAGUUCGAUUAUUCGAGAAACUUCACUGCCAUACACCUGCACAUGAACAAUUACUUCACCAAAGAUGUGCAGGUCUUCUCCUACGCAAAGGUUUAUCUUGGCGCCGGUGGGAAUCAGUUCAACGGGGAGCCUGUCCAUUUCUCUUACAUACCGGACCUUGUGUUGGAACAGGCGCGCGACGUUACCAUAAAGCUUCACUCACGAGCUGGCCGUUUUCUUAAGCUUCAAUUGUACUUUGCGGCACGAUGGAUCAUGCUCAGCGAAGUAAUCUUUGAAUCGGUAAUCUCCGAAUGGAACAACACCGACGAUGAAGAGCCGAGGAACAAGAGCGCCAUUGUAUCGGCGACCGGCAUCCCCUAUCAGAAUAACGAGGGUCCACUGCAGAGAGACGAAGUAAAGGCCACUUUUAAUAAGGAGGAAAACAACGAUAAUGCUCUUCCAGACAAAAGCAAGGAGCCAGAAUCGAGGCAGUUCGUCGGCCUGGUUAUCGGUAUAUUAACCACUGUGAUCGUGAUGCUUCUGGCGGCAAUCACGUUCAUUUUCUACAGGAAUCGAAGGCUGAAGGCUGCCCUCGCGCCUUCGACGUUUUACGAUCAACACGGCGACUUGAAGGUCUCCGUGCAGGAGGAGGGCGAGGACAAGGGACCAAUUUGCCCUCCGCUUCCGGCGCAGUACCACCCGGCCGCCUACGCCACGACGACACCGCAACUACACAAAACUAUCACGGAUUACAGCGGGAUCACGGAGGUGCAGCCGGUUAUUCCGCUGUUGCUGAACACGGCGAUCAAUCUUGCCAGGCCGAUUCCAUCGGUUCAAGAAUAUCCAUCUAACCCGCCGCCCAUACCGCCGCCACCGGAAAAGUAUUACGCCAGCACGGAGAUCUGUAAGAAUUCCCUGCCACCGUUGCCACCAUCCCCAACACCGAGCACACCGCCCCCGAUGAGCGCGAAAGCCUCGAGCAGCAUGACAAGCUACAGUCCCGAGGACAUGCUCACCGAGGAGGAGGACGAGGUGGCCGAGUGCAUCUUAGACUUCCCCCGGGAGAAGCUGAACAUCGUUGAAAACCUCGGUUGCGGAUACUUCGGCGACGUUCACAUUUGCGAGGUGGACAGGUUUCCAGGCUACGACGAAGUUUUCCGGAACACGACCAGCGACCUGGUGAUCGUUAAGUCCCUGAGACCUGGAUCCUCGGAUGCGCUUAGGAUAGAAUUUCAAGAGGAGGCAAAAAAACUGGCACGGCUGGCCGAUCGGAAUGUCGCGCGGCUGCUCGGCGCGAGCCUCGGGGACGACCCGAUGUGCAUCGUAUUGGAGAAUGGCGAAUACGGGGAUUUGAAUCAAUAUCUGCAGAGGCAUAUAGCUGAAACGUCGACCGUGCACACUGCUAAGACCCUCAGUUUCGGCACGUUGAUCUACAUGGCCACGCAAAUAGCAUCCGGCAUGAAACACCUCGAGGAAAUGGACUUGGUGCAUCGGGAUCUCGCCACAAGGAAUUGUUUGGUGAGCCGUGGUUACACGGUGAAAGUGUGCGAUCUGGGCUCCGGAAGAAACGCCUACGCAGCCGACUAUUUCCGGGUGGAGGGCCGGCCGCCAUUGCCAAUCCGAUGGAUGGCCUGGGAAGCUAUGCUAAUGGGAAGACACGCAUCGAAGAGCGACGUCUGGUCUUUCGCAGUAACUCUUUGGGAGAUUUUAACGUUCGCAAGGGAACAGCCGUUCGAGGAGCUGCCCGAUCAUCGCAUAGUCGAGAAUGCAACGUAUUUUUACCAAGAGGACGAUAGAAGGAUCAUUCUUCCCCUGCCGAAAAACUGCCCCAAAGAUAUCUACGAGCUGAUGCGCGAGUGCUGGCAUAGGAACGACGUGGACAGGCCGAGUUUCCGGGAGAUCCACAUGUUUCUCCAGAGGAAAAAUCUCGGUUACAAGCACGGGGAGACGAACGACACCUGAUACAGAGAGCUAGAAGGCUGGAACCUGAUCCGGCUUUCUAUGAUCGGCGAGCUGAACGGGAACUGGUGGAACUCCCCUUCCACGACCAAGUUACACCAGGUCAGGCCAAGUUAGUAGUGCACCGAUGACACGAGGAUCAAUUCCUGAUUGUCGAAUCGUCGAAGACAAAGGUAAACGGUGAUCGAGAUGGUUCUUCGUUGCCCUAUCGUCGAUAAUCCUAGUGAAUUUUUUAAUAAACUGUGCAACUUGUACGCGGUGAAUUAUUAUUAUUAUUAUAAUCAUCA